GCUGAACACAGAAUGGCUUGACGGCAGUGGUGCAUCUGGAGGGGGGUUUUUUUUCUGCCACAUAAUCCACAUUUUCAUCUAUGUUUGCCUUCCGUCGCCGUGUGGACUUUUCUUCUGCAAACGUAGGGGAGCGGAAAAACACAGAAAACCACAACAAGUGCAACUGUCCACUCACAUAUUUCGAAGCGACGGCUGUACGACGCUGUGGGGCUUCGUAGCAACAAACCCACCAAGCAGCCAGCCAGCCAGCCAGCUGCACCUUGAAUCCAGAAACUUCUGCUCAUGAACCGGAUUACGUGUGCGUGCUGAGAGUCGGUUCUCAACAGUAGGUGGCUGCUUUUAAAGUGUGUACGAAUUGCGCAAAAGUGAGCGAAAGGGGGAUAUUUUUUAAUGCCAACAGUGAAGGUGUAAUUACUUAGCACUUGCAACAUGGCUGCUGCGGGAACGGCAGAGAGAAAAGUUUAACACUGACGUGGGAGAAGUUUAAUGCGACUCGGUACGUGAGUUGUUGUCCGUGUAAUAAAGUCGUACGCAGUCGCCCCUGGUGUGGCACCGCUUUCCCCGGACUUCCAAACCAGUGGAUGAACCGUGUGAGAGCCGCCUCCUCCUCCUCCUCCUCCGCCUCCUCCUCCGCCGCCGCCGCCGCCGACAGUCACUGCAGUGGACUUUGUGGGCAAACUGUGGUGUCUUCCUCCCCAUCGCAGGCUGUGGUGGCGUUAAAGGACUUGUCGUCUGGCAGCACCCAAAAUGCAUUUCUCCAUACCCGAAACGGAGGUUCGUUCGGGAGAAAACGGUUCAACCUAUGUGGCCUACAACAUCCAUGUCAACGGCGUGCUGCACUGUCGGGUACGCUACAGUCAACUCCUUGGCCUCCAUGAACAGAUAAAGAAAGAAUACGGCAGCAAUGUGGUGCCUGCCUUCCCCCCAAAGAAGAUCUUCACGCUGACCCCUGCCGAGGUCGAACAGAGACGAGAACAGCUGGAGAAAUACAUGCAGGCUGUCCGUCAGGAUCCUUUGCUCGGAGCCAGCGAGAUGUUCAACAGCUUCUUACGGAAAGCACAGCAGGAGACCCAGCAGAUUCCCACAGAAGAGGUUGCUCUAGACAUCUGCCUCUCCAACGGUCAGAAGGUUACAGUCAACAUCCUGACCUCGGAUCAGACGGAGGAUGUCCUCGAUGCUGUCGCGACGAAGCUCGACCUCCCAGACGACCUCGUUGGUUACUUCAGCCUCUUCCUGGUCCGUGAAGGUGUGGAUGGAAGUUUAACGUUUGUCCGGAAGCUACAGGAGUUUGAGCUGCCUUACGUGUCCAUUACCAGCUUGCGGAGCUCCGAAUUUCACAUAGUUUUACGGAAAAGCUACUGGGACAUGGCGUACGACAGCGACGUAAUGGACAACAGAGUGGGCCUGAACUUGCUAUACGCCCAGACAGUGUCUGACAUCGAGCGAGGCUGGAUACUCGUCAACAAAGACCAGCACAGGCAGCUGAAAUCACUGCAGGAGAAAGGCUCCAAGAAAGAAUUCAUUCAUCUAGGUCAGACGCUCAAAUAUUACGGCUACAUCAAGUUCGACCCCUGCAUCACUGACUUCCCCGAGAAGGGCUGCCAGGUCAUCGUCAGCGCCGGCAACAACGAGCUCAACUUCCACGUCAAGCUGCCCAACGAACAGAUGAAGGAGGGAAGCUUCAAGGUCACGCGCAUGAGGUGUUGGAGAGUCACUUCUUCACAAGUCCCGAUAGCCAACGGUACGACCAAUCCCUGCAGCUCGGCCAAAUGUGAGGUCAAACUGGAGCUGGCCUUCGAGUAUCUGAUGAGCAAGGACCGCCUGCAGUGGGUCACCAUCACCAGCCAACAGGCGAUCAUGAUGAGCAUCUGCCUUCAGUCGAUGGUGGAUGAAUUAAUGGUGAAAAAGUCUGGUGGCAGCAUAAAAAAGAUGCUGAGGAAACGACACAACGGCUCCAUCCACCGGCCCGACAGUCAGCAAGCUGUGAAAUCUCCCCCUCUACUGGACUCCCCCGACCCAAACCGUGAACAAAUUGUCAAACUCUCGACCAAGCUGAGCUCGGUGUCUCUCAGAGGGAUCAGCGCCUCCAACUCGGCAAACGACAUCAGCGGCAACGAUUUCCACGGCAACUACGCUUUCGAGGGAAUCGGGGACGACGACCUGUAACCCCUCGUUCACAUUCCUCCCCCCUACCCCACCCCCCGUUCAUUCCACCGUUAACGACUGGGACGACGGAGACUACGAGCUGAGCCGAGCCGAGCCGAUCGGUCCACGCAGGCGUCCACUUCUGCAAGAUUGUAGCUUCUUCCUGGAGAAAUCGCUGCCUUAAGCUCUCGUUUAAUCUUUCCUUUAGGCUCUGAAGGCUCGAUGUUUUAGUUCCAAUCACCACAUUCAGACUCUGUGUCCCCCCCAAGUGUUUGUUGAAGUCGUGGAAAACUACAUGAAGAAAACCUGAAAGAUCCUGGAUUCUCUCCUCGGCGGCCGCAUGUUCUUUUCCAACCAGGGAGCCGAAUGUUUAGUCAGACCUGGCACUAGUGAUGAGGAGUGGAGAUAGCUGUCGGCGAGUUCCAGCGAAUGUGUUGAAAAUUGAUCUCAAAACUGUAGAGCAGCCGCUUACCGAUAUCGAUGUUUGGCUUGGCUAGAAACCAAAAUGCUACGUUUUUAUAAUGUCCUCUGUAUUUCACUCUGCUCGUUUGCCGAGUCAGCGAAGACAUCGGCGGCGUUCUCAGCUUAGCGUCACUCGUGCUGCCUUCAGAAGUAGUCUGAUGCCUUAACUUUACUUCUUUUUUUUGCCAUUCGACACGACGCGGGUUCGAACUAAACAUCUGCAUCGUCCGGCGUUAGCUAGAAUCUUGCAGAACGAGGUUAAUGGUCGAUUCGGCUGAGCUGCUCGCACUUGCUGAACCCAUCAUUUUGCACAGUAUUACAGGUGGAGGCCGACGUUUGGAGGUGGAGGAAGGGGGGGCGGAGGGGCUCUGUACAUCCAUCUAUGAUUUUAUUUUUUAACCAAUUUUUUAAGGUUUCUCAUAAAUGCCAAAUUAUAGUUUACUAAAGCAUUUUGCACAAAAUAAACAUAAAAAAUUAUGACAAUGUCACUUUUUAUAUUAUGUACAUUCAAUUAAGUAUUCUGAACAUUUACUAAUAUCUUUAUCCUCAUAGCUUAUUGUAAUCAAAUAGAUCAAAUGUAGUCUAAGCUGUACGGAACAAAGUUUAAAUGGAUCAACAUUUAUCAUGUUUACAUCAUGUUUUAGGGGACUUCUUUUGUUUGUUUUGUUUUGUUUUUUUAGUUCAAAUGGAAAGUGUUUACAAAUUUUCACAUCUGAUUUUCUCGUCGUUUUUCGGGGGCGUGUCGCGGGGAGCACUACUCUUCGGCUUCGGUUCGGUGUAAUUUGUUUGUGCCAAUCAUCUCAGAGGAUUUAGCUGAACAAGGUGCUUCGGUGAAAUGUGAUCACAAUUGCUGGAGUGAAUAUAGUUCAUGGAGGGCAGGCAACAAAAUGAACAUAUCCCGCUGUUUUAUAGCACGUGUCAUUCCACUUUUAUUGCGCUUGUUUCAAGAAAAAAAAAAAAAAAAAAGAAAAAAAAAAAGCUGCACCUCAGCACGUUAUGAAGCCUCUAAAUGUAAAUCAGUGCCAACCUAGCAACAGCUUUACUCUCACUGGUAGCAAGAACUGCAAACAAAGUGUUCUCAACGUCUCGUUCUCUCACUGCUGUGAUUCUUCUCAGCUCAGUUACUUUUAGAGUAGGGAGGAGGACGCCACCGGCCUUCUGGGGCUUUUCAUGUUCUCUGUUCCUGUCAAAACUUUAAGCAAACAGGUCCUGGAUGUUCAGUGUGUAGGUGCCAAAUUCCACUUUAAAGUGCAGUUUUUUGUUUUUUUUCAUCAGCGACGUCAAACUUCACGAGCAUUGUACUGACUCUGUUCGCUCCACUAAUGUUCUGUUUGGUUUUAGGGGUUAAGGUCAGUGGCGGCUGUCUGGUCUGUUUGUCAUGAUGCUAAAAUAAACUCUGAAAUUCAA